AUCAACACUAUUAAAAACCAGAUAAACAGUUUACUGUUUGUAAAGAAAGUAUGUGAAACAAGGAUACAGAGGUUGCAGUCUGGAAAAGAAAUUGAUACUGUGAAGUUGACUGCAAACUUUGGAAAACUUUGCACAGUCCCCCUGGACAAAAUUCUUAUACACAACGUUGCACUACAGUUUUUUAUGGAUUUUAUGCAGCAAACAGGAGGGCAGGCACAUCUGUUCUUCUGGCUUACAGUAGAGGGAUACCGGGUGACGGCACAGCAGCAGCUGGAGGUGUUGCGUAGUCGGCAACGAGAUGGAAAACACCAGACCAAUCAAACAAAGGGUCUUUUAAGAGCUGCUGCUGUUGGAGUAUUUGAUCAGUAUUUAUCAGAAAAGGUA